AUGGCUGCCUUUCUUGCAACUCCUGCAUGUUCCUUCGCCACCAUUUCCGCCACUGCUGCUGGAGCCAGAGCUUCUGUUUCAGUGCAGAAGACCUUCUCCACAACUGGAAGUCCUUUGUUUAGUGGGCUGAAGCACAUUACGAAAAUCCAAUUUUCCCAGACUGUUGACAGGUUUUCUACAAGGUCCAGAUGCUUCAAGACUGCAAUUUCAUGCUCUGCAGCUCAACCUGAGACACUGAAAACUGUUCAAAGCACCAUUGCUAAGCAAUUGUCAAUAGACUUGAGCACGGUGACUCCUGAAACCAAGUUCGCUGACUUGGGUGCUGAUUCCCUCGACACGGUGGAGAUAAUGAUGGCUUUAGAAGAACAAUUUGGGGUGUCAAUUGGAGAAGGUGGAGCAGAGAAUGUUGCAACAGUUCAAGAUGCAGCAGACCUCAUUGAGAAAGUGAAGGCAGCUGCGUCUUAA